AUGGAUUCCAGCAGGCUGGAGCAGGAACUACAGUGGAUGAAGUUGGUUUGGGAGGAGGCCUCAGCAGACAAGACCGAGGGACCUCUUACCUCCCAGGACUGGAGCACCCUGUUUCAAGCAGUGUGGUGGGGUGCUCCUAGCCUGGUGAUGCAGCUGCUGAGGCAAGGCUCCAGCGUGGAGGAGAGGGAUCACAUGGGCCGGACUCCACUCCAUCUGGCUGUGAUGCGAGGCCACGCGCCGCUGGUUCGCCUACUGCUGCAGCGUGGGGCCCUGGCAGGCGCAGUUGACCACACAGGGCGCACACCGUUGCAUGAGGCUGCUUGGCACGGACACUCGAACGUGGCAGAACUAUUGCUGCGGCGUGGGGCCUCAGCAGCAGCAUGUUCUCAAAUAGGCCUCACCCCCCUGCAUGGGGCAGCUGCUCUGGGCCGCACACUGCUGGUUACAUGCCUUAUGUCAGCUUCAGGUGCCGGUCCUGAUGUCAAAGAUGUGAGAGGUUGGACUGCCACACACUGGGCAGCGGCUUGCGGGCAACUGCCUGUGCUGGAGCUUCUGACUGCUGAAGGGCGCGGAGACCUGGACAGCGCCCUGCUGGUGUCCGCAGUGGCUGGAAGUGCAUCUGCGUUGCAGCUUCUCCUGGCACUGGGGGCAAAGGUGGAUGCCCUGGACAGCACAGGAGCCACUGCACUUGGCCUGGCAGCUGGCUUUGGCCAUUACCGAGACGUUGAGAUGCUGCUGGGCCAUGGGGCAGACCCAAGUAGCAGGGACAGGAACAACCGCUCUGCGCUCCACAGGGCUGCAGCUGGCGGCCACCUACCUGUCCUCCAGCUGCUGCUGGCCAGGGGUGCCGGCGUGGACGCUCGAGACUCGCUGGGCCUCACACCCCUGCACUAUGCUGCUCAGGGAGGCCACGUAGACGUUGUCAGCCAUCUCCUGGACAGGGCUGCACACAUCAAUGCCACUGCCUGGCUCCACAAGACCCCGCUGCACCUUGCCGUGGAGCGUGGCCACAGUCCCACUGUGGAGCUUCUGCUGAGCCGAGGAGCCAACCCUGCCUUGAGGACACAGUGGGGUGAAUCGGCCCAGAUCAGGCACUGCCUGAUUUCCUCUACUAACCAAACUUCUCAGAAAAUACAGAAAGAUUAA